CCAGCAUGACAGAGAAGUAGAGAGGGAAACAACGCACUUGAGAUGAUAAAAAUCUGACAUCUUGUGCUUAAAUAGCGGGUUGGUAGACCUCUGCUCCUCCCUCAGAGAACAACGCCUCCCGAGACGCUUAUAUAAGCCUUUCACGAAACGGUCCCAUCCUACGUCCUCAAAGGAUUAACACCAAACGCAUCAUUUGACAGUUUCGUUGUUGCAGCUUUUCUUCAUUUGCUGACCAUGCGUCUGAACGGACCACUGAGCAUACUGGGAGCAGCCCUAUUGGUUCUGCUGGCUGGCCACCACCGAUGUGUCUCAGGCAGUUAUACCCCUCCAGAGGCUCUCGAGAACAAUGGCACCAUGUUUGCAGUCUGUAAAAUGAGACCCAGCAGCUCUCUACCUGAUGGACUGCUCAAAGUGACCGGCCAAGUGCUGUUCAGACAGGAGGAGUACCAAGCACUUGAAAUCCUGCUUCGGUUCAAUGGCCUCCCCAAAGAGGGCGCUCAGGAUGCCAGAGCGGUGCACAUCCAUCAGUAUGGAGACCUGAGCCAGGGCUGCGACUCCACCGGAGGCCACUACAACCCAGAAGUAGUGUACCACCCCAACCACCCCGGAGACUUGGGUAACUUCACGCCCCAGCAAGGUAAAAUCAACGCAGUAAUCAAAUCCCGGGCGACGCUGUUUGGAGAUCAGUCUGUGAUUGGAAGAGCCGUGGUGAUCCACGAGAAGAUCGACGACAUGGGGCGUGGCGGAGACGCUGGGAGUCUGCUGCAUGGAAACGCAGGCCGGAGGCUCGGCUGCUGUAUUAUUGGGAUCUCCUCCUCCAAUCUGUGGAACAUACAUCAUAAGCAGUACACCAGGAGGCUGAGGAAAUAUUGAUCCUGCAAGUCAACUAACCAGUUUAAUCACUCAUUGUAUCCUUUUGUAUUCUGUGUUGAUCAAAGGCAAAUUAAAUCUCCAAACAUUAUAGGAGUUUAAAUACUUUUAAAAUAGAAUCAUCAUUUGCAUAUAUCUUUUAGCAGCUAGUUAGAAGGUCCAUAAGUUUGGUUCAGACUAUGUUACUAAACUAUUGGGUAGACUGCCAUGAAAUUUGGUGCAGCUGAUUGGGGGGGGGUCCUAUAGCUUAUACUUCCAAUUUUGCUGAUUUUCUCAAUCUCUUUUUUUUUUGUUUACCCCCAUUUAGUCAAUAGUAAAACAUCCUUAAUGACAAAAUUCUGCCCAAAUAUAAUCUUCCCAUCAGCCUCAGCUUCACGUCAUCAUUGUCCUUGCACAAUGCACGCAUGCUGAUGUUAGCAUUUAGUUGAGGAAACCUUCAUUGUCUGAAAUGUUGAGCUCUACUUUUACAGCAGCAUUUUACAAAAUCAGCAGUUUUACCACUCACAACAAAUCAGGAUCUGAAAAUUUAAUUUUGCAGAAAUAAAGACAUUUUCUAUACAUUGUUUUACACACAUUCAAUACAUAUGGCUCUAUGAAGUUUAUAUCUGGUCAGUUAAUAUUGGUCACCACAAAAAAAACAGAAUCUAAAUAUCUGUGCUGGUAUUCUUUAUGUUGUUGCUUCAUUGUGUAACAAAUAACUUCUACUUUACAUCUUUUUGUUUCAUAUCAACCAGAGAAGGUCUGGUUCACCUUUGAAUAUUUGUGACUGUCUAACAAAAACAUAGUAUAUAAGGGAACGUGAAAUUACCUGUGAUAAAUCAAAAAGCAUAUUGUCAUGCAGCGUUUUGGUAAUAUUGUUGUUUUCAUGGUUAAAAAUAAAAUCUUGUGUAGUAUUGUGAAACCUGCUGGCCUAACUGUACUAAAAAAAUGAAAUGGUAUGUUUUUGUAUUAUGUGUAAAGAAACUAAAUAUAGCUGCUUCUUAGCUCAAA